AUGGCAACGAUCACGCCUGCAGACAGAACUGCCCCUCCGGAGAUAGACGUCGAGAAGAAGGACCAUGUCGACCAAGUCACCGAGAUCAAUGAUGACCUCAAGUCCGAUUCCGACAGCAGUUCCGCCCACAAGCAGGAUGGUGUUAAGAAAGUCGAAGCCGUGACCUCAGUGUGGACAAAGAAGACCCUGAUAAUCAUGUUUGUCCUGUUGUACCUAGUUUCUUUCGUCGACAUGCUCAUUGUGGGCGUUCAAACCAACCUCAAUCCUUACGUGACCUCUGCUUUCAGCCAGCACGGUCUCCUUGCUACAACAUCCAUUGUCGCCUCUAUCCUGGGUGGUUCCUCAUCUCUAGCAAUGGCCAAACUCAUCGAUAUUUGGGGCCGUACGGAGGGCUUCAUGGCUAUGCUUCUGUUAGUCACCAUCGGGCUGAUCAUGAAAGCCACUUGCCAGAACGUCGCAACCUACGCUGCCGCUCACACACUAUACUGGACUGGCCAUCUCAACUUGCUGUACGUCAUCGACGUGGUAAUUGCCGACAUGACCUCGCUCCGCAACCGAAUGCUCAUGUUGACACUGAACGGCACGCCCACGAUCGCCUCCACAUUCGCGGGUCCCGCUAUCGCCGAGCUUUUCUACACACAGUCCAACUUCAGAUGGGCAUUCGGUGCCUUCUGCAUCAUUCUCCUCGGCUUCGGGCUACCAACCUCGCUCGUCCUGCUCCUAAACCAGCGCAAAGCCGCUAAGUUCGGCAUGUUGCCUGAGAAGACACACGACCGCACGCCUGUGCAAUCCAUCAAGCACUAUGUCCUCGAAUUUGAUGUCGUUGGCAUCAUUCUUAUCACCGCCGCCUUCUCUCUGAUCCUGCUUCCCUUCAGCCUGGCUUCCUCCUCGGGCGACAAGUGGGCCAGCGCCAGCAUCAUCACCAUGAUCGUCAUGGGUGUCUUCUCGCUCGUCCUCUUCAUCGUCCACGAGCGCUUCUGGGCCCCCGUCCCAUUCAUGCCAUUCCACUACCUCAAAGAGCGCACCAUCAUCGGCUCCUGCAUCCUCUAUGGCGUGAUGUUUAUCAGUAUCUUCUGCUGGGAUGCCUAUUAUUCCUCCUACCUCCAGGUGGUCCAUAACCAAUCCAUCACCCACGCAGGAUACAUCCUCAACUCCUUCAGCUUGACCUCGAGCUUCAUCUCGCCCUUCGUCGGCCUUCUCAUCCGCCAUACCGGCGAGUUCAAAUGGACCUCCUACGCCGGCCUGCCCUUCGUUGUCCUCGGCACCGCUCUUCUGAUCCCCCUUCGCCAGCCCUCAACCCACGUCGGCCUGCUCGUCAUGUGCCAGGUCUUCAUGGGCAUUGGCACAGGCAUCUGGGCGACCUGCGGCCAGCUAGCCGUCAUGGCCUCGGUCUCACACCAACAGAUUGCCGUUGCCAUCGCCAUCUGGGGACUCUUCGGCAGCAUCGGCGCUUCCGUCGGUCUGACCAUUGCCGGCGGCCUGUGGACCAACGUCUUACCCGCCGCACUCGUCCGCGAACUGCCCGAAGGCAGCAAGGAUCUGGCUGCCAGCAUCUACUCUUCGCUCGUCAUCCAGCAGGAGUAUCCUAUUGGCACGGAGAUUCGCGACGCCAUUAUCAGGGCGUAUGCAGAUGUGCAGCGGAAGAUGGUUAUUGCCGGUGCCGGUUUCAUUCCGGUUUUGCUGAUUGCUAUCUUCAUGUGGAAGAACAUCAAUGUCAAGAAACUGGAGGAGGCCAGGGGCACGCAGACUAAAGGCACCAUUUGGUGA